AAGCAAGCGUCGUCGUCUUCUGGGAAAAGAUAUCUUUUUUUUUUUACUCUAUCAAACUGGGAAAAAGGAUAUUUCCAGAUUAGGUAGAGACCGAAAACUUCAGGCUUCAAGUUCUUAAAUAUGGCGGCCGAUUCUUCAAAUGCUAUAGACAUCGACGGGAAUCUCGACUCUGAUUCAAACCUUCACUCUGACGGUGGAGAUACGAACACUAAUGAUUCCUCAAAGGCAUUGGCAAUCCCUGCUCCCGCCGUUUGUCUUGUCCGGUUCGCCGGAGAUGCAGCUGGUGGCGCCGUCAUGGGCUCUAUCUUCGGAUAUGGUUCAGGAUUGUUCAAGAAGAAAGGCUUUAAAGGAUCAUUUGCGGAUGCAGGGCAAUCUGCAAAGACUUUCGCUGUUUUAUCUGGAGUACACAGUUUGGUUGUUUGCCUUCUGAAGCAACUGCGUGGGAAAGAUGACGCCAUUAAUGUUGGAGUUGCUGGGUGCUGCACCGGUCUUGCUCUUAGUUUCCCUGGUGCUCCACAGGCUAUGCUACAGAGUUGUCUUACUUUUGGGGCUUUCUCUUUUAUCCUUGAGGGACUCAACAAAAGACAAACAGCUUUGGCUCACUCGGUCUCCUUGAGACACCAAACCGGAAACUUUCAAGAUCAUCACCGUCCUUUACCACUCUCUCUCGCUCUCCCGAUCCAUGAAGAAAUCAAAGGAGCCUUCUCUUCUUUCUGCAAGUCAUUAGCAAAACCCAAGAAGAUCUAAUGUUCCAUGAAUCUCCUUUUCUUGUGCCUUAGGCUCUCUGUAGAUGUUUAAAUUUCCCGCUUUUGCUGUACUUUGUGAGAGAAUGUUUUAUUAAAGGCUUUUUGCAAGAGUCAAUUUGAAGAAGAAAAAAAGACUUGUGUACCUUUUGCUCUAUUAAUACGAUUUCUUUUUAGAA